GACGGAGGGUAUUGGCAGACUUUAAGUACUCGACUUGAGUGCGCGAACCCGAAAGAAGAACCACGAAGCAAGCUCGAGAGAUAACAUGGAAGCCGCCCUUGUGCGAGAUGAGGAAAGAAGGAAGGACUACCACAUGAGCAAUCUCUCUUGCCAUCUGUCUUGACACUGGCCACCCCUGAAUGAGACCACGAGCAUUGCUUGGAAAUCCAGCAGGAAGAAUUUGAUUGUUCAACCUUUGUAUAUCUGGCAAGGACACAGUUAGUGAUGGGAAACGGACGGAGUUAUUGAGAAUGAGGAACUCGCGAUGCCGUAGGGACGCUCUUGAUCCUUCCCCCCCUUGGAUGUGCCAGUGUUUUGUGUCAAGAGGAUAUUACCACCUACUCCCCUCACUUCCGUCGUUGUUGCUAGGUAGGCUUGCCUUCUUCAUGGGCAGUCGGAAGCCGAGAGGUAAGCGCGCCAACGAACCCCCAGAGAUGUAUAUCCAUCAACAACAACAGCAAGCACAUCUCGAAUUACGCCCCUCCCACCAGUCCAUCUCCGGACUCGCCUACUCCAAGUUCCCGAACAAGAAGUGGUACCUCCUCGUCGACGACGACACCUACCUCGUCCAGCCCUCCUUAAAACCCCUCCUCGCCCACCUCGGCUCCGUACCCUACUACAUCGGCAACGCAGUCGGCGACUUCCGCAUCCGCUUCGCCCACGGCGGCUCCGGCAUAAUCCUGUCGCAGGGCGCGAAAGCAGGAAUAAGAGAGAGAGAGAAAGACUUAACCAGAUCGACUCAGAGUUCCUGCUCAUGUUAAUAUGUUUGUUGGUGGGGAAGAAGCAAAGGUGGAACAGGCAGAAUGAGAGAAACGACUGGUGAAACAAAUCAGUGAGAGAGAAAGAGAAUGGAUCGAUGAUGAAGAAGAACGGGCUGCGCUUCAAAAAAACAGGGAGAGGAACGGGAACCAACUAAGUC